AUGGCGAGACUUUUGGUGGCUUUGUUGUUCGUUGUUGGAGUUGCUGUUGCUCAAAGAGUUGUGAGUUGAACGAUUGAAUUCAUUUGAAAACAAUUGAAUAGGCUACUGGAGUUCCAGCUCCAAGAGGACCAAACGGAGCUAGCCCAGCUCCAGUUUCUGGACGACCAGCUCAAAACUCUGCUGCUCCAAAUGGUGCUAGCCCAGCCCCAGUUUCAGGAAGACCAGCUCAAAAUUCAGCUGCCCCAGCUUCCCAAGGACCAAAUGGUGCUAGCCCAGCUCCAGUCUCUGGAAGACCAGCCCAAAACUCUGCUGCCCCAGUCUCACAAGGACUAAACGGUGCUAGCCCAGCUCCAGUUUCAGGAAGACCAGCUCAAAACUCAGCUGCCCCAGCUUCACGUGGUCCAAAUGGAGCCAGCCCAGCCCCAGUCUCAGGCCGUCCAAACAGACAAUAA